GUGUAUAAAAAUUUUAAAAUUUUGUUAUUUCACAAACACCUAUGACGCAUGAUAUUUUAUACAGACAGUCUUAACCACAGGGAUGUUAGUUUUUCAUAAUAUAAUUAUGACUGUUUUAUGUUAUUAGUUAUAUUGUUUAGAUACGUUUCUUUUUAAUCUGUUACAUAAUGAAAUUGAAUUGAUGGCAAAUUUUUGAACUGAUUCAAAAAUUUGCCAUCAUUUCAGUUUUUUUCAAAUAAUCAUCUUUUGACUAGUGGACAUCAAGUAAAAGGAGAAAAGAUUCAAACGAUAUUAAAUAGAUAAACAGUUAUAACAUUUUAAUUCACUGGAUAAUUUAUAGCAUUACAUGCUUAUUAAAAUAUAAAGUAUUUUCAAUUUCCAGCAAAAUAUCUUCAUGAUAUAUGUAAUACAAAAUGUUUAAAAUUUUGAAAAAUGAUGCACGACUUCGUCAUACCACAAAUCCCUGUGACACAUGAUAUUUUAUAGACAGUCUUAACCACAGGGAUGUCUUUCAUAAUAUAAUUACCAUCUGAAUUCACCUCGUAAAAAAGCAUGCCCUUCCCAAAUGCUUUACAUAACCCCGAUUUGCAUCUACAACAUGAUGUUCAAAUCGUAUUCCUUUGGCACGCUUUCAGUCUGGAAGCAUAUCGGAGCGGCGCAUUAUGGCAGCGCGUCCGCGUCCGCGACACGCUUGGAGAGCCACGGGACGCGGGCCGCGCUCAAUCCCGACAGUAGAUGGCAGCAGCCCAAGAAAGCUGAUCCCGUCGGGUUCACCACUACUCUGCCUCUCAGUUGUGCAGCAGCACUCGCAGCGGAGGCAGCGGUGGUUUGAGGGACGUCCAAUGAAACAGAAGAGCCGCCAGCUGCUCCUUUCGACUUUUGCGCGUAGCCUGUCCUCCGCACCCGGAGACAGCACGUUCUGAAACCGCCAUGGAAGACAAAUCCAAUUCGUUCUCGAGCAACAAAGAGGAGAAAGCGGAUGGGAAUAAUGUGUUCCAGAGGCAAGACUCGAUCUUGAAGAACAGCAUGGGGAGCCAGAACAUGAAAGACCACGGCAACUCAGUGGGUGCUAAGGGGGACCGGGAAGAAACCAUGGUCGGCUUUGACGAUAUAGACGCCGCGUCCAGGCAAUACGGGUUUAUGCAGCGGCAAUUUGGAGCCAUGAUGCAGCCCGGGGUGAAUAAGUUCUCCUUGCGGAUGUUCGGGAGUCAGAAAGCCGUGGAGAAAGAGCAGGAGAGAGUGCAGACGGCUGGAUAUUGGAUCAUUCACCCCUAUAGUGAUUUUAGGUUCUACUGGGACUUGAUAAUGCUCAUCAUGAUGAUGGGAAAUCUAAUUAUCAUUCCUGUGGGAAUUACCUUCUUUUCCGAGCAAACCACCACCAGCUGGCUCGUCUUCAACGUGGCCUCGGACACCAUCUUCCUGGUGGACCUGGUUAUGAACUUCCGAACGGGGAUUGUGAACGAGGAGAGCUCGGAGAUCAUCCUGGACCCGAAGGUCAUUAAGAUGAACUACCUGAAGAGUUGGUUCGUGGUAGACUUCCUGUCCUCCAUCCCGGUGGAUUAUAUCUUUCUAAUAGUGGAGAAAGGCUUUGAUUCGGAGGUCUACAAGACGGCCCGAGCGCUGCGUAUCGUACGCUUCACCAAAAUCCUCAGCUUGCUCCGUCUUCUCAGGCUUUCACGCCUCAUCAGAUACAUCCACCAGUGGGAGGAGAUUUUUCAUAUGACGUAUGACCUGGCGAGUGCAGUGGUAAGAAUCUUUAAUCUGAUUGGCAUGAUGUUGUUGCUGUGUCACUGGGACGGAUGCCUGCAGUUCCUGGUGCCUCUCCUGCAAGACUUCCCUCCUGAUUGCUGGGUGUCGCUAAACGGUAUGGUUAACGACUCCUGGGGAAAGCAGUACUCUUACGCCCUAUUUAAGGCCAUGAGUCACAUGUUGUGUAUCGGGUACGGAGCCAGAGCGCCCGUCAGCAUGUCGGACCUUUGGAUCACCAUGCUAAGCAUGAUUGUCGGCGCCACCUGUUACGCCAUGUUCGUGGGUCACGCCACGGCCCUCAUCCAGUCUCUGGACUCGUCUCGACGACAGUACCAGGAGAAGUACAAGCAAGUAGAGCAGUACAUGUCCUUCCACAAGCUGCCGGCUGACAUGCGGCAGAAAAUCCACGAUUAUUAUGAACAUCGCUACCAGGGAAAGAUCUUCGACGAGGACAGCAUCCUUAACGAGCUCAACGACCCGCUCAAAGAGGAAAUUGUAAACUUCAACUGUCGUAAGCUGGUGGCCACUAUGCCGUUGUUUGCAAACGCAGACCCCAACUUUGUGACGGGAAUGCUGAGUAAGCUAAAGUUCGAGGUCUUCCAGCCUAACGAUUACAUCAUUCGCGAAGGGACCGUGGGUAAAAAGAUGUACUUCAUACAGCAUGGAGUGGCCAGCGUCAUCACCAAAUUCAACAAAGAGCUGAAACUCACCGACGGAUCCUACUUUGGAGAGAUCUGCCUGUUGACGAAAGGUCGUCGUACAGCCAGCGUCCGCGCUGACACCUACUGCCGACUUUUCUCUCUAUCUGUGGACCACUUCAACGAAGUCUUGGAGGAAUAUCCCAUGAUGCGCCGUGCUUUCGAAACCGUGGCUAUCGACCGUUUGGACCGCAUCGGGAAGAAGAAUUCACUCCUGCUUCAGAAAUUCCAGAAGGAUCUGAACGCUGGCGUCUUCAACACUCAGGAGAACGAGCUGCUGAAGCAGAUCAUCCGGCAGGACCGAGAGAUGGUGAUGAUGGUGGAUCGGAAGCAAUCGGUCACGGGGAUGAACUCCACGCCGAUGUCUGGAAACUCCAUCAUUAACUCUCCCGCCCAGCCACCGUUCACUACAGCGACUGCUAUUCUUGGGAACAACCAAUUACAGCAGCAGGCCGCCCCACUAAGCUACAGCACCUCCGCCACUAUCACCCCGUCAGGCCGCGUGCAGGGCGUCACGUUUUCGGCGCCGAGCGUUUCUCACGGCAACUUGAGCACCUCUUCCCCGAAUCCCCCUACGCCCUUGCAGCAGCCGGCGGGGGCCAUCAUGUCCCCUUGUUCGUUCACCACGUCCAUUUGUAGUCCCCCGGUGCAAACGCCUAUAGCCAGCCGAACAUUCCAGUACGGAUCGCCGACGGCCUCCCAACUGUCCCUUGUACAGCAACCCUUACCCCAGCAGGCCUCGCCUGCCUCCAUACCGCAACAACCGCCGCAGCAAUCGCAAGGGGCGUCCCCUCAGAGGAGCGACGUCCACAAGAGCGCGCAGGCGCUCCAGUCAGGCAGCCUGAGCAAGGACAUACGCCACCUCUCCGCCUCGCAGCCGUCACUGCCCCACGAGACCUCAUUGGCUGCCCGGGCACAUCCCACGUCGGGCGAAUCGCUCGCUUCCAUUCAGCCACCCAUGGGAUCCGCGGCAGGCGUCCAGGCCCCGGGCUCCGUCCUGCAAAGCGGCAUCCGCACCAACGUCCCACAGAGGGUUGCCCUUUUCCGGCAGAUGUCAUCGGGCGCGUUACCGCCGGUGCGCACGGCGCCCUCUAGCGCCCAGCACAGGGAUUCAACGGGCUCCAGGAGAGAGUCGGCAGUCUUAAGCAGUACAGAGACGGAACAAGACAAGAUGCGGUUCGCAUCGAAUUUAUGAUCCCGUUUUACUUUUUUCAUGUUCAUUUUUUUAAAAGAUAUUUUGAUUGAUUUUUACGGAGAGACUGAAAAAAUGGGGAAUAGACUUUUCUCCAACUUCCUCUGAGAUAAAAAAAGAAUAACCUCAUAGCUAUCCUGUACAGAAAUCCCUUGUACUAUAUUUUAGACACACUUCCCCUUCAACUUAAGAAUGUAUAUUAUACAAAUAUAUAUAUGUGCAAAUCCAACUAGAAUAUUUGGCAUUGACCAUACGGGAAAGAAAAAAAAGAUACUCUAGUAUAAACGCAAGUCUUCCUCUCUAACAUAUGUGACUAUAACGUGUCUGAAGAUGUUCUUUUCUGUUGAUGUUUUUGUUUUUUUCGUUACUGGAAUGCUUUUGAAUGUGUUUUCUUUAUCGUUUUUUUUGUUCUCGACGAGAAGACGACAAAACAAGUCCAGCAUUCAGCAGCUUUUGGCAUCACUGUGGAAAAUGUUUGCGCAAAUCAAACCUGGGAUAUACUGAAAUGUCUACAAAGCACAUCUAAAACUUAGCGGCUGGAAAAACAAAUAAUAUGAGAAAAUGCUUGGAGCGUCAAAUCAAGGUGCGGUUUCGAUCUCUGCAAUACUUUGUGUCGUGCAGUUUCAAGACAGUGCAUUAAAGGGAAUAAAUGUAUUUUUUUCUGUUAUUUUUACUUUAAUUUAUUUUUACAAAGGAUGCGUGCUCAAAUCGGAUGGUUUUAUUUUCUAAUUUCAGAACGGGACGGACAUUACGAAAUGUCACUUAAAGACUGUACAUUUACAAUAUUUAUAAAACUAAAGAUUAUCACCAUUAUGCAAUAGACUGUGAUAUAAAGAUUACCUAUAUGUGUGUUGUACAUAGUUUUGUAGAACUAGUAUUUACAAAAGUAAUGUGUGGUGCAUUUCUCAAACAUGGCAAUGUCUUAUCUCUGUCAGCCGCCUGGGUAAUGCCUAUAUAUGCAUAUAUAUAAAUAUAUAUAUAUAUAUUCAAAUGGUAAUAUGUGACAACAAACAUCAGAAGCAUUCAUUAGAGAUAAGAAAACCUUAAUGCAAAUAGUAGCAUUACAACUGUACAGUCAAUAUCUGUAUUCAAAAAUAUCACACUGGUCAAAUGCAUUUUGCCUACAUUACAUCAUCAUUUACGUUUUACAAUCCCUGAUUCAUUUGAUCAUUUUCUUGGGUUGUUGUAACACAAGGAAGCCGUAGGCAAAACAAUUUGUUUUAUAUUAAUGGUGUUUUUCUCAUGGAUCAGUAUUAAUGGAUGCACACACUACUCCAACUUCAUAAUAUUACCUAGAAGUAGAUGUUUUGGUUAUGCAUUUUCCGUUAUUUUUGCAUUUAACAUUUAAAGACUGUGAAAAACAUUCAUUUAUUUAUGUAUUUACUUACUAACGCUCUGCUAGUUUUGCAAAAACACAUCAACCUUUAAGUCAAAAAUCUGUAAAACGAUGGCACUGAAGACACAAUUAUCAAAAUGUAACUAUCUGAAAGGAUAGAUGGACAAACAUAGAUGUUUGAAGAAAGAAAAACAGAAGCUGCUUUGCAUUAAGGUUUUUAUCUCUCCCGUACAGUAUGUCGAUUCAUCCAGUUUGGGGCUUAAGACUUUGAAAUCGCAUGUCAGUCAUCUGUAUUGGGGGUGACUAUUAGCAGUGACCCCCAUUUAUGAUUAAUUUAUUCUUUCAAUACCGCUACCAAAAUUGGUAGAACGACGCAAAAACGAAUCUGACCUGUGCAAAGUCUCCAAGCCCCCUUGCACAAUGUUUAAAAGACGCUGAUACUUCAAAAGAAAAAAAAAAUAAACCCACUUGUGUCAGUACUGUACCAGUGCAAAUCCCAUACAGCGACCAUAAACGCAUGCAUUGUCACGAAUACUUAAAAAGAGAAACUAUUUAAAAACGUUGACGUUUAAAUGUAUUGUGAGAUUAUGUUUUUUGUUUAUUGUCUGCCUAGACGUUCUCUGUGCGUAUCAGAAGCAUUGAAUUUUCACGAAAAGGACAUUCUUAAGUAUUUGUGCCUAAACUAUAGCCAUGUUUCAUCCUGUUCAUUUUAUGAGUGUGAUUCGUGUGUGCGCACUCGCGCACACGUGUAUGUAAACAAAUGUAUACGUGUAUGUUCAAUGUUUUCCGACGAGAACAAAAAGCAAUGGGAAUGGCCAAACGUAUUGGAGCAAAUAGACAUUUGCUCGGCUUGUGCGACUAACAUACUAGUGAAAAACUAACAGUACAAAUCAGUAUCCGCUGGAAUCACAAUAGAUCAUGGGUUUAAUGUGUGUGGGACGUAACUUUAAAGCCACUGAUGUUCGGUUUUUGUUGUUGUGUGGAAUGAAACUGGCCAAAGUGAAACAACUUUCAUUGUGAAUUGCACUUUCUGUUUAAAGAGAGAGAGAAACCUAGAAGCAGAAACUCAUACGUUAGUUGGUUAACUACUGUAAAGGAGUUGCUACAUCAUCCAGAAUCACAUCCUCCAUCCUCCGGCCUCCGGGGCGUCAGGAGGACCUGUGUGUUAUAUAACGUAUAACAAAAAGCGCUUAACUCCUGCUAUGCCAUAGUGUAUAGAAACUAGUGUACAGAUAGGAUGGUCAGCGGUACUCUGGGUAUCUGCUAUUUUUUGAUACUGUACUUGCCUUCGGAGGGGAACGCUUCCCGUGUUAAUGUGCUUUUUCCUCUCAGCUUUAAACACUGUUAGAAUUCCGGGAUUGGGGCGGAGAGGCGUUCAUACAACAAUACACUAGAAAAGAGAAUGCUGUCACUUUCCGAGGAGGUGUUUAAGAAAACCAGCACAUAUCUUCGUAUGUUUGUUUUUUUAAUUUGUUUUUAUCAUAUAUGUGUUUAUGUGAUGGGAAAUGAACAAUGCAAAAGAACAAGGAGGAGUGAUGUUUAAAUAAAGGGAAAAACCAAAACGGUUGGUUCGCAGCCUCCGCGAUUCAGGUGAAAUCAUUCUGUUUGAUAUGUUUAAUGAUGUGAUGCAAAAGUUGGAAGAUUCUAGAACAGGCCUCAAGCUCUUCUUAAUCUCAGCUAUUUUUUUUCCAUUAUGCUUGUUCAUGUACACCAAUGCUUGGGUUAAAAAAUAAAAAAGAAUAAAAAAAAUGGGGAAAAAACAUUCAAUACAUAUACAUGAACAAUUAGCUACUUGAUCCUGAAUAAAGAAAGGUAAAUGUAUACUUUCUUACACCUAUAUGCAGACAAACGGUGUUUGUCAAAAAAUUCUUUUGAUUUUCAUUCUUUUUUGUUUUAUUUUAUUUCUUUGUAAAUAAUAAACCUUUAAAAUAUAGAGAAAAAAAAAUAAAAGAACUAUUGCCAUUUAC